AUGAUCCAUUCAUGCCCGGAUGAAACUCAAGGUGAACUUAGGAGUCUCUGUGUUGACCGAUAUGGCUUAUCCGAUCUGGAGUCCGUCAUGCCAGUGACGUCAGACGGCGUGACAUUCUUCAACAAGCACUGUGCAGCCUGCUAUAAUGUUUCUUCUUACUACAAGUGGUCAGUAAAUAUCAGCUGUACUGCCCAUGAUUUGUGUUUCGAUGUCCACUGUUUCCAAGGAAAGACUUUGGUUGGCAGCUCAUGCACGUCUCUUAUUGCAGAAGGGAAAGGUCUAUUAUACCGCUACUCAAUCAAACUUGAAUCCAAAUACGACCCACAAAAUGAUCUGUGUGAAAUGGAUGAGAGGUUAAAAAGACGUGUUUAUGAAAUAGCUGAAAGUUUACAAACAGACUAUUUCAGAUGUGAAAUUUUCCCCAGUUUCACAACAGACGGUUCUGAAAACUAUUUGAAGGUUGUGUUGAUGUACCAGAUCACAUUGACCAAACCCAUGGAUAGAGAUGUGUUUGAGGAACGAGCGCUUAAUCUGACAAAGGAACCUUGGAAUAUGACCUGUGGGGAAUCCGUGAUGCAGUUCAAGGUCAAUCUUGUUUCUUCUUCGUCGCCCGAAGCUACUCGAGCACUGGUUAAGCCCGAUCCUGGAGACAAAUUACCCGUGUCCCAUCAGACCAUCACUAUAAACAAUCCCGAAUACAAAUUAUACAUAACGGAAGAGAAUUCUUACAUAAAUAUUUCCCCUGUCAUGGUUUGUCAGUUUGUGGUAUUUAACUCAAGCUCAUACACACGUAACCCGACUGGAGAUAUCCGCCUCACUGACGGAAACGUGUCCCUUCAACCUCACGAAUUCGACCUCGCCGACGGGGAUGCACGUGUGUGUGUUGAUGUUCUGACUAGCAGAUACGACGCUUUGACAAUACCUAAGCGGGUCAAUAUCCACGGAGUUGUUCGGCGGUAUUUAUCCUAUGUGUGCGUGACUCUGUCUUUGGUAGGACUUGCUACCACUUUCACUGUAUACAUGGUGUUCCCGUCCCUCAGAACCCUCCCUGCCAAGAACAACAUCUGUCUGGUGGUUAAUCUGUUCCUUGCACAGUCUCUCCUGCAGUUCGGCGGCGUCAGGAGAACAGAGAAUCCUACAUUUUGUGCAAUCCUGGGGAUCCUCAUCCACUUCUUCUGGUUGGCGUCUCUCUUGUCUAUGAACGUGUGUUGUUUUCACAUGUACAGAGUGUUCAGCAGCAGGACGUUGACCGCUAUGCCAAGACACUUCUCUUUGAGACGACUUGUGAAAUACAUUGCCUAUCCGUACACAGUUGCCACCUUCAUAGUAACUUCCACCAUAACGUCACAAUACAUCACCAGCAAUGGCAGCAGCAUCGGAUACGGUGGAAGACACUGCUACCUGUCUUCACCGUUACUAAUAAGUUUAGCCUUUGCCCUGCCUCUAGGCGUCAUCCUGCUUCUGAACGGAAUCAUGUUCUGUCGGGCUGUUCGUUCCAUAGCGCAGACCAGCCUCAUUCAGAGAGAGGCUAUGGUAAAGGGUAGACACAACUUGCAUGUGUACAUCAAACUUUCAACGCUGACAGGACUAUUCUGGAUUGUGGGGAUCCUAGCGGAGGUGUUUCCCCUAGAGGUUCUCGCUUACCUCUCCAUCAUUUUGAACGGAAGUCAGGGCGUCUUCAUCUGCAUUGCCUGCGUCUUUAACAAGAGAGUCCUCCACCUAGCUGGUUGUACAGGGAAACUGCCGGGUCAGACCACUAGCUCGGACAAAUCAAAAACACGCACCAAGAGUACAUUGGCGAAUGACUUAAAAUGA